UGAAGAUUUGCACUUCCACCCAAUAUCCUUGAGUAUUGUAAUUUCAAGACUAAAUUGAAGUAAGGUAUAACUUUGCUUGUUUUUCCAGAUACAUGUAUGUUCCAACUUGAAAAUGUCUGACCCUCCGCCAGACAGCUGUUUGAAGUGUGCAUUUUGUCACCGUGGAAGUGACGUGGAAGAUGUUUGUGGGCAGCUACACUCGGAGAUCACCCGGGAGGGGAUGCUGGUUGUUGCUCACCACAAGUGUAUGCAAUAUUCGGCAACACUCGUCCAGUAUAAAUUUGACCACUUUGGCGGUUUCAAAAUAGCAAAAGUGCAGGAUGAAAUGAAGAGAGCCAAGUCCUUGAAAUGUCACAUUUGUAAGAAAUUUACAAAAAAAAUAAAAAUAAAAGGAGGGGCGUCUGCGGGUUGUGCUUUGAGAGAGUGUAGACGCUCGUUCCACUACUACUGCGCCAAAACGGACGAUACCACUGUGACAAAACGUCUUGUGGUUUCCUUUAAGAGCAAGAACAAAAAGACUAUCCUUUACAGAGUGUUUUGUUGUGCGGAACACGAGGCUGGAUACAGAGCUAAUUUGAAGUCAUUGAUUGAUUCUGGCCAGUCUUCUAAAACAGACCUAGCUGCUGGGAAUGAAGAAAACACGAGCGACUUGAGCGAAGACGAGGAAGAUGAGGAGAGCCACAUACAAACGUUCCUCAUGUCGCAGGACGCAGAAAACACAUCGCUGGUGUCAUUGAGUGACCGGGAAGUGUCACCCCGUAAGAAACAAGGCCUAUGCGAAAAGAAAGCAAGAAUUUCUGCUCCGAAGAAGUCCAUAUCUAAGACUAGUACAUUAUGUGUGUCUGUUACAAAGGCAGAUAACAAUGUUGAUAACAACAGUUUUUCCACUCCGGUCACAAAUAAAGUCAAGACUGCCAAAAAGAAUAUGGAAAAGACUGGUGGAACAAAUUUAAGUCCAAAUGUAAAAUUACAGAAUUUAUACACAAUUAAAUCCGCAUCACCUGCUAAAAUUGCAGCUAAGUCAUCCCCGCCUAAAGAAGAACCCAAUUCGAAGGUGAACCCAACCGUAUCUUUGAGUAGUGAAGUUUAUAAUUUUGAUUCAGAUGUCAGCCUGAAUGUGCAUCACAAUAUUACUAAGUCACCAAACAUCUCAAAGAAAAGCCCAGGUACAAAAUGCAAGUCGCCCCGUGGUUUUGAUUCUUCAAUUGAAAGAUCCAAGCUGAGAUCUCCACCGGCCAAAAGAGUAAUGCAAGAGAGCGGCGACCAAGCUGCUUCAGAGAAGAAAAAGAAAAUAUCCAUUCCGGGGUCUUCCGAGUCGAAGCGACAGUCUGUUGUUACUCUGUCUAAGAUGAAUGGCUUGCCUAACACUGCAUGCAUUGAUACAGAUGAAGAAAACGGUGAUGACAGCGAUGAAACAAUUUCACCUGAUAAAUCGGUCAUAAGUAACAGUGACCUAGAGGAGGAAGGGUCAAAGGGAUCCAGUCAGUUUAGAGCUAACAGAGAAUUUGUUCUCUGUGUACCCGCUGUCUCUACAUUGUCUGAUGAACUCCGAUCAGCCAUCACCAGAGAGGUAUACCGAGACGCAGGGUCUGUGGUCAGCAUCAGGAUGUGGCACGAUCUUCAUCCUAACAUUCCUCAACACGAGAGAGAAAUCAUCUUCCUCAUCAAGGAUCUUGCACAAUGUAUCCAGUCUAAAGACAAAGACAGCUUAAUAAAAUUUUUGUUAAAUUCUGAAUACUUGGAAAAGAAAAUCAACAGCGAAUAUAAAAUCCAGACCAAGAUGGUAAACGAUCUCGAGGAUCCGAUGAUAGAAAAUCAGAUUUUAGAAAAAACCUGGUCAAAAGCAUCUCAGUUACUCGACAGUGUCUCAGGAGGAACGGCAUUGUGCAUUGGCAGCAUUUUCCCCAUUGAAAGCUGCCGAUUCUUGAAAGUAACGAUCAACAAUGCACUGGACCAGGAUGGAACUAUACGAGCCCAGUGGCCCGCCGAUCCUGCCGCCGAGAAGAUGACACUUUGGGAUAACAAGACCGGGUUGUGUUCCGAACCAUCCACCACGAAGUCUCUUCACUGCGAGGUGACACGGCUGGAGAAAUGGUUGACCAAUCAGGAGCCUCCUCUCUGUCCAGUUAAUGUCUAUCCACAGGAGUCGGUUUUCAGGAUCUCAGAACAGAGCACAGAUUUGGUGGAACGUCUGAGAAAGAAAACUGACAAUGCCCGUGCAGCUGUUGGCAGCACUCUGCUGGUUUUUCAAAGAGUUGAUACCGAGCUUAUUAACUUCGACAGAUAUUUUAAGAAGGUUUUAGAAACGAUGGAUUCCACACGGCUUUCCAAUCUGGUCGUACUCCUGCCCACUGCACAUGUGAAGAGUAAAGCAAACCGAGAUGCAGUGGUUUCCUUGUUGCCAGGCAACCUACAGUCCAAAGUGGAAGUGUUCACAGCUGUUAACCCUGCCUUCAUGCCAUGUACAUGGCUUGUUCUACAAAUCACCUGUACUUCAACUACUAAAGAUAAAGUGAAAACCAGUAGCACUCUAUCAUCACCAGCGCCAUCACCAUCGUCAUCAAAAGAGAACAGAAAAAGACGAAAAGCUUCUCUACAGUCUUCAACUCCAAAAUAUCUGAAAAAAUCUAAGAAAUAGAUUCAUAGUUUCAACAUUAGGGUUUGGGGUUGGUUGGGGGCUUUUGGAUGUUUUUUUGUUUUGUUUUGUUACUUUCAUGCAUUACCUUCUUACCAUAAUCGAUGAGCAAGCGGACAUCUUCGCUCGACUACAUUCACUCAAAAAAAACAAAGUGAGGGUUUCAUGCUUGCCUUUCAUCGCUUCGUUUGAUAGGAAAUGUUGUUUAGAUUUGUGGAACUGAUUUCUGUUGUGUGUUUGGGGAAGGGGGUUUCCCUGGAAUUUGUGGUGAGGAGAGUAAUGGAUGCUAUUUUCAAAUGAAGAGGCCUGCUGCCUUCUCUUUAAGCCCUUAUUCAGCUUGUGCUAGUCUCUGUGCUGGAGACACUUAACAUUGUCUAUAGAAUGCUCCAGUACAGUACGCAAACUAACAACAUGACUAUAUAUAUUAGGGCUCGAAACUCGCCAAAAAAUAUGUGGCCCAAAAAAUAAUAAUAGAUGUUGGCAAAUUAAAGUAAGCCAACCAUGAACCACAAGCAAGAUUUUAAUGUGGAAUAAAUAUAUGCAAUACAAAUAUUAAUAGUGGCUCAUAUGUUAUAGCUCUAAAGAAGAUUGGCCGAAUAAUAUUUGGGCGACUAAAGGCAUUAUUUCUUAAUAUUUAAGUCACCCAGAUGCAUUUAGCGACCUAGCCACAGGCCGUUUUGAGCCCUGGUGUAUGAGGUCGGGUGGUUUCCAGCCUGUUUGAGUGUGUGGUCAAGACUUGAAAUUCAUUUUAGCCCUGGUAUAUGAGGUCGAGGUGGUUUCCAGCCUGUUUGAGUGUGUGGUCAAGACUUGAAAUUCAUUUUAGCCCUGGUAUAUGACGUCGAGGUGGUUUCCAGCCUGUUUGAGUGUGUGGUCAAGACUUGAAAUUCAUUUUAGCCUUAGUAUAUGAGGUCGAGGUGGUUUCUAGCCUGUUUGAGUGUGUGGUCAAGACUUGAAAUUCAUUUUAGCCCUGGUAUAUGACGUCGAGGUGGUUUCCAGCCUGUUUGAGUGUGUGGUCAAGACUUGAAAUUCAUUUUAGCCUUAGUAUAUGAGGUCGAGGUGGUUUCCAGCCUGUUUGAGUGUUUGGUCAAGACUUGAAAUUCAUUUUAGCCCUGGUAUAUGAGGUCAAGGUGGUUUCCAGCCUGUUUGAGUGUGUGGUCAAGACUUGAAAUUCAUUUUAGCCUUAGUAUAUGAGGUCGAGGUGGUUUCCAGCCUGUUUGAGUGUUUGGUCAAGACUUGAAAUUCAUUUUAGCCCUGGUAUAUGAGGUCGAGGUGGUUUCCAGCCGGUUUGAGUGUGUGGUCAAGGCUUGAAAUUCAUUUUAGCCCUGGUAUAUGACGUCGAGAUGGUUUCCAGCCUGUUUGAGUGUGUGGUCAAGGCUUGAAAUUCAUUUUAGCCUUAAUAUAUGAGGUCGGGGUGGUUUCCAGCCUGUUCGAGUGUGUGGUCAAGGCUUGAAAUUCAUUUUAGCUCUGGUAUAUGAGGUCGAGGUGGUUUCCAGCCUGUUUGAGUGUGUGGUCAAGACUUGAAAUUCAUUUUAGCCCUGGUAUAUGAGGUCGAGGUGGUUUCCAGCCUGUUUGAGUGUUCAUUUUGUGGAGUGAGAAGCAAUCUCUGCUGCUCUGCUUUCAACAUGGAAGAAAAUGCUAGAAACUGAGAAGCCGUUCUGGAAGUUGGUGUCACAGUAAGACCCCAGGGUUUCUGCCAGAGGCUAAAACAGGUAUGGUUCCAUACCCAAAUUUUGUGCAGAUUUUUUUUUUUUUUUUAAGUUAACCUUUUAACACAAUUAUGAUUUGGUUAACCCUAACCCUAAGCCUAACCCAUUUAUUAAUUGGGAGGGAGGGUUCCAUACCCCCUGUCGACUGCAGUUGCAUUCAGCACACACAUUGUAAAUAUUCAAUUCCAUAGCGCCAUACUCAAAAAUAACUGGCAGAAACCCUGGACAUGUAGUGUAACUUUUUUAACACCAAUGUGAGCCUUCAUGAUAAAGAGAGUGUUUCGUAUGAAUGUUAUGAUAAAUACACAAAUAUACACCUUGUAAGAUAUCUAUUUAAACAAUUAUGAUUAAUACCGUUACGUUGAUGGUUUGGAGCCUGAAAGUAAGAAAUGUCUUUUAUGAAAUAUCUCAUAACAAUAUUAAAAUGACAGAUUGUAGUUAUUCAACAUGUUCAGCAUAUCGUUUUACUAUUGGAGCCAUGUUCGAUCAUUGACGUUAAACAUUACAUGCUCUUUAUUGUUUAGAUGUUCGUGCAUUCAAAUUCUUCAUGGUGUUUGUAAUACCACAAAAUACAUUUUUCAUAUUGUUUAAAACACUACCUCUGAGAAGUAAUGGUUAUCGAAACCAGCUCUGGUCUACGUGUUGAGGACAUUUCACACUCAUUUCUCUCUCUGGUAACUUUAUUCUGAUGUCUUACAGGUUUGUUCAUGAAACUUGGUGUCCAUUUUCACGGGUUGAAACAAGGGUCUGCAUCUUUAACAUAGUAAUGGCACAAUAUCAACUGGGCAGAGGGAGUAGAACGAAGAAAAUCCAUAUCAUUCAAUUCAAUAAAUAUUUCAUUUAUUUGAUCAUGUUUGUGGAAUAGAAUAUUUCUAUUUUUUUAUUAAAUGGUUGCGUUUUAUCACAAAGUAUUUGAUUUUAACACCAAGGUUACAAAGAAUAAAUGCUUCCUGACCAAAUGUUGAUAUUUUAUAAUCUGAUUUGUGCAUGAUUGACAAGGUUUAGGCACACCCCAGGCAUGUGUGCAGAGAGGGUUUUUAUGGGGUCAAAUCCCCCACCCUGCUCUAUGAGUAUGGCAUGGUAUGGCACUGGUGACCUGGUCAUCACCUAGGAGCAGCCAGUCGUAUGUCUUUCAAAUGUUAUUGCACGUAGAUCAGCAGAGAAUAUCAAUACUUCAUACCAACUUCCAUUUUAAGCGGGGUUUUAUUGUCAGUUAUUUCAGUUUGGCAUGACAUAAAAGGAAAAGAAAAGGUGCUUUGGAAAUAGAAGUGGUGUUUUUAUGUGCAGUUUGUUUGACUUUGAAUUAAAAGAAAUUACUGUUGAACUUGUUAUCAUUAGAUUUGCUUGUAUAUAUUUAGUAUUAAUAGGCAUAAUUUUAAAAAUAUCUUUAGUAUGAUAGUAACUUGAAAUAGGUACUAUAUGUUUAUUUUGGUGGGGGGUGGGGGGGAUAAUGUUGAAGUGUCUUUGUCAUUCAUUGUAUCAUUUAGCUGCUACUGUAUGUUAUUAAAUAUUAUUUGGUUAUAUUCUGUCGACGAAUGUUCUUUUAAAAAUGUUUUUAUUGUUAGCCUCUUGUUUGUAAUCUUCCUUAAAAGUUGAAUGAAGAAUAUACCGGUAAGUAUUAUUUGGUGACGAUUGUAAAAAAGAGCAUAGAAAAGUCAAACUGGAUGUGGCAUUUUAUAAAAUCUGAAGCAAGAAAUUCAGCUGGGAAUUGAAGCCAAAUUGGUUAUCUAUUUUGUGGAAAGCUAAAAAUCAUAAUGGUCCAGUUACAUUUAAUUUGUUUUCAUAUUUAAGACUGGCUUUAAUUUUUACUUUUGAUAUUCUUGUGGGGGUUUUGUUUGCUUUGUUUAUUAUUUUAAACAUUACCUCAUCAGUCAUGUACAUCAAGUUGAAGCUGUUUAAAAAAAAUCCAUCAUUAACUGAGGUUCAGAGUUUACCUGCCCGAUUUUUUAUUUUUUUAUUUUUAUUAUUUUUUAAUUAUAUACUGUAUUUGAAAUAUGCAUAAUUAGUGUUGGAACAUUUGUUCUGAAAUCAUUAUUCCUUAUUAUUAAAAUCCAUUGAAUGAUUAUCUCGGCAGUGUUCGAGUAUGUAUGGUAGAUUGAAUGUUUAUGAGUAAUGCCUUGAAUCUUAAUGUACAUCUACACAGUAGAUUCAGAUGACUGAACUUACAAAUUAAUCAUGAAUGUAAAAUACAUGUAUUUUUUGACAAUAAAGCCAUAUAUUUUA